AUUAUCAGCAACUGUUGCCUCCUUAAACUCAUUUUCAAUUUUCAUCUUCAUUAUGUUUACCCGCCGAAAACUUGUGUUUAAAUGUUCUUUUUGCCAACUUUUUCCCCUUAACAACCGCAACAAAACGGCAUAUCUUGUAAUUUAAUCUUUAUAAAAACCUUAUAUUAUAAUUUUUAUAACUAACAAUCACCUUCUACUUAUACACUACCCAUCUCAAUUCCUUUGUUCAUCACUUCUUUCUAAGUUCAAAUUUGUUACAUAUUCCAUAUAAUCCAUCAUAUAAUAUAUAAUCUUCUAGGCGUAACGUUUAUUGUAACGCUUUUAUUUUAUUUUAUUUGUACGUAGUACCAUGGAAGUUCGUGGGUGUUUGUUGAUUAUCUUGUUUGUGAUCGGGUUUUGUUUGGAAAUGGCGAUAACUUGUAAUGCUCAAGGGAAAUGGAGUAAAAUUAUCACCGUCGAUCAAUCGGGGAAGAAGGGUAGCUACGUGAAGAUACAAGAUGCAAUAGACGCGGUCCCGUCUAACAAUGUACAACAUAUUUUUAUUAGGGUUGAGCCUGGAAUUUACAAGGAGAAGAUUGUUGUACCCGAAGAUAAACCCUUUAUAACACUAAGUGGUAGAAAUGCAAAUACUACGGUUAUCACUUGGAAUGAUGGUGGAGAUAUAUUUAAAUCUCCUACUUUUAGUGUCUUUGCUAGUGAUUUUACGUGUCGUUAUCUCAUUAUUCAGAAUACAUAUGGUACGACGAAGAAAGCAGUAGCAUUGAGGGUAACAAGUGAAAAGGCGGUGUUUUUCGCAUGUAAAUUUACAUCAUACCAAGAUACACUUCUAGAUGAGAGUGGGAGACAUUUCUAUUACAAUUGUUUCAUUGAAGGAGGCACUGACUUCAUCUUUGGAAAUGCAGCUUCCCUUUUCAAGCAAUGUCAUUUGCAUUCAAUCUCACAAGAAAAUGGGGCAAUAACAGCCCAAAGAAGAUCAUCAUCAGAAGAAAAAACAGGAUUUUAUUUUGUGGGAUGCAAAAUUACGGGUGUAAAAAGUUGUACAUUAGGUAGACCUUGGGGUCCUUAUGCUAGAGUGGUUUUCUCACAAACUUACAUGUCUAAUGCGGUUCUACCUCAAGGAUGGGAUGAUUGGGGCAAACCAUCUACCCACAGGACGGCAUUCUACGGUGAAUACAAAUGCUAUGGACCAGGGGCUAGAAGAACAAGACGAGUUGUGUGGUCACUUAGUCUUUCUAAUCAUCAAGCCUCACCUUAUUUGACUAUGAGUUUGAUGGAUGGAAAAACUUGGGUUAGGGCCUAAUUUUAACCUUUUUAUUCAAAUUUAUUUAGGCAAUGUAAAAUUUGGAAAAUUACCAACAUUAUUUGAUAGUGGUUUUUUAUUUUUAGUCACCUCUUUUUUGUAUUUGUACUUGUUUCUUAGUUGUAUUAUUGUUGUACAUUAUGAAUUAAUGAUUAUAUGUAGAAUUAUUCGAUCUAGAAUAAAACCUUGCUUACUUAUUUACAACUACAAGUACUUAUAUAUAUACUAGGGUAUCCUAUGCACGCGAAAGUGUUAGCUCUUGCAUAUAAGUUGUAUCAGUACGUAGUUACACCUUUGGUUUGGGUGGUA